AUGACUGAAAAAGUUGUUAUUGAUUCCCAAGUUACAAAGUUAAUUGUUCAAAAUAAAUAUUAUAUCCAUGUUUAUUUAACACCACCAAGUGGUUUUUGUGGAGCUACCAACAAUGCCAGACUUACAGUUGCCAUCGAAGAUUCAACGAUUGUUAGUAACCUAAAAAUAAACUAUACGGUUAUCGAACAAAAGUUAAUACCUUCAUUAGGAUCCGGCACUCAACUGGCGUACUUUGAUUUACAGUAUACCAAAAACACUACAGUAAAUAUUUCCUUUACGAUUGGUUCCACUUAUUAUUCGAUUCCACACACUCUGGGGUGCACCAUACCCACGGUCAGAGUGAAUUCUCUAUCCCAGGGGCUUCUUUCCACGCCUUUCAAUUAUAUUUUGCACGGUGGAGUAAGACUUCCCUCGAGUGCUAACCAGCCUACAGGUUGUGCUUGUGAUACCUAUUCAUGUGCAAUCUACCCGGUGAAGGCGACUACGAAAGAUUGCACCUACCUCAUAAAGUUAACACCUCUAUUAAAAUCAAGUAUUCCCACAACUCUAUCAACACUCUCCCCGAAAGGUUCUAUUCUCACACCAAGGAUCCAAACUACCGACUCCCUUUUAAAUAUAAAUAAUCCGCUAGGCAGUAUCAAUAUCCAAGUCCCAACUGUUCUGCUAUCGGAUAGACUCUAUUUCGGAAGUACCAAUGUCUCACCUUUUUCCAGCAAAAUAAUUCCGCUUCAAGGAAAUCUGCAGAGUGCAUUGAUACAAUAUUCAACUGGUUUCCCUCUAACCAAUUCAACUUACACUUUAGAGUCAUGGGAUUUUGGAAACAACAGCAACAGCAACAACAACAACAACAGCUACCUUUCUCUUCAAUAUAACAUCUCACCACUCGCUAUUAAUGCCCCUUUUUUACAACAAAUCUCAUCACCAAUAUUAGCAAGUUUAUUAUUGUAUUCAGUAGACUAUUUUGACACUUCUUUUCCGAUUAGACUCAAUGAUAAAAUGUUACCGGCAUUUCCUUUUGGCUAUCAAUUUAAUGGAUCAAGUUUUAUUUGUGUUACAAUUUAUCCACCAUAUUUAUCUUCAUCCAGAAUUUCCCAAAUCUUAUACAAUAGAGUUUUAAAUAUGGAUGUCCAGUUUACAUAUAGCCAAUGGGAUAAUUAUACAUUCCCCAUACCAGCUUCAUCUCCACCCAAAUUAAAUAGUAUUAGAAUGGAGCAAUUUGAUUCCUAUUCAUAUGUUCUUCAGCUACAGAUUCAAUCUCAAGCAGAUUUCUAUCAAGCGAUCACAUCAGAUGGAGAUAUUAUCGAUUAUAAAUAUCUAACAGAUGGCAAUUUCACUUUUGGUACAUACGAAAUUUUGGUAAAGAUGAAACCAACGCCUCAGUUAAGUGCCCAAAAAACAUACCAAAUCAUUGAUAUCACAUCAACAAGUUCACUAUUUAUUGAAAAUGCAUUAUAUAGAGCCGAUUUGCCACCUCUUCCAAGUCCACCUUUAUUUUCUAUUGACCCUUUCAAAAUUAGUGAAUUCUACUUUCAACCAAAUAAUCUAGAUAUUAGCGAUGGUUAUCAGGAUACUGUACUCUAUUUCAAUCUCUCUGAUAUGUCAGAUUUAGAUAAAUAUCAAAAGCCCAAAAUUCAAAUUUACUUUCAUGAACACUAUGCCGACGAAAAAUAUAUCUUUGAGGGUAGUUACGAUAGAUCAUUGAACAAGUUUGUUAUUCCCAUUAGAAUAAGAGCAAGACUUUUCUCUGGAUCCAUUAAAUAUACAUUGUUUUCCUAUCCAAAUCCAAUCCCCAAUUCAUUGCUCUAUUCUAUAUACUCAAUUAAAAAUCAAUCACUUUUAAAUGUAACAUCAAAUUUUUCUGAUAAUAUGGGACCAAUGAUUAGUGAUAUUAAAUCAACAGUUCCUUCCCCAUUAAUUUUAAAAUCAGUUACUGUAAUCGGAUGGAAAUUUACAGUUGAAGAUCAUACUGGUUUUGAUUAUGGAGUUGCCAGAGUACAGUCUGAUGAAAUGCACAGACCCACCAAUUUUUCAUUUUCACCAAAUGGCAGAUAUUUCAUUUCCGGUGAUGCCUUUUCAUCUACCUAUGGUAUAGAUUUUAGCAUUCCUUAUCCGUUUGGUAAUUCUACAUUUAGAAUUGACUUUGUCCUCUAUGAUAUUCUUGGAAAUAUGGCUACUUCCUUUGAAGAUUUUACAGACAAAUCCAAUUUUGUCAAUCCAUUCUUUAAUUUACUUAGUUCAAUGGUCUAUCAACAGAGGACCAUUCAAGUAUUUUGUUAUCAACCAUUUCCUUCUUUACAAUUCAAUUGGAUCAGCUCUUUGAGCAUCAGAAGCCCUACAAUCGAUGUUCUACAAACAGCAAAUAUCGAGCUAUAUUUCAAUGUCAAAUAUACACAUCCAAUGAGUACCUUCUACCAACCAGUACCCACAUAUAAUCUACAACCCACUCCAAUUGUCAGCCGUGUAACCUAUGAAAGUUUCAGUAAGAACAUUACAAUCUAUGGAUAUAGAUUGGGAAUCUUAGGAAUAUCAAAUAGCACUCAGGUUUUCGUUAACAAUGGAAGUGGAUACAAACAAUGUCCACUACUAUUUAUCUCUGCCCCAGUUAUUGUUUGUCGAUAUUCAGGUGAUCUACAAUCGAAUUCUAGGUUGCAAGUAAGGGUGAUCAGAUCAGUUGUGUCAGGAGACCUGACAUCAAAUGAAGUUUUAGCAGAGAAUAUCCAAUCAAAACCAUCACAAUCACUUCCAACUCCUUCACCUACAUCUACAACGACUACCACUCCAUGUACCAUGCAAUGUUAUAAUAAUGGUGUUUGUCAAAAUAAUCAAUGUAUAUGUAAACCACCAUAUUGGGGACCAAAUUGUAAUUCACAAACCAUUGGAGUACCAAAUCAACCGGAUGAAACAUCUCCAACUAUUAUCACUGAUAAUUUAGAUAAUUUCUCUUCUGGAGUAUCAAUUGUCGAGCUUAGAGAGAUCAAUCCAACAAUGGAAAUAGCUGCAAGAUACAAUCUUACCAAAUGGGAAUAUCAAAAUAUUACCAAUGUAGAUGAUGAAUAUCAAUCGUAUAGUUAUACUACAAUCAUUUAUUCGAAACCAAUUUCUAGUAUCAUUGUAACUGUCAAUUAUUUCCCAAAACAAACCGAAUAUCAGUUUGCAGGAAAAACAAUUAGCAUGGCACCAAAUUCAGUUAAAUUCUCAAUCACUUUGUUACCAUACCCAUUUUCAGAUCUACUCAAUUCACUUCAGGUUGUAAUCUCGACCAAAGUCCAAUCAAAGUCAUCGUCAGACAGCUGUUCAAAAACAGAGAAAGGAGAGGAUAGUGGUAAUAACCUUCAAUGGAUCAAUAUGAGAAUCAAUGACGUUUCAAUCUAUGGUAGAUUUAUAGAUACAGCUGUGGUAGAUGGUAGAAAUAUUAGAAUUAGAAACACAAUCAUUAGCGAGAGUAACUCUGCAGAAGAAAGUGGUUCUACAACAAAUUCAAUGGAAGUAUUGAUUGCCACCACAGUUCCAUCCUACCAAGUCUUGGCCGAUAUCGAUCCUGAUUUUUCUGUGUUAUUGAAUGACGACGAACUUGAAUGUGGAAAAAAAUCAAACUCUUCAAAUCGAUUGAUUGCCAUCAUAGUUGGAUCUGUUGCCGGAGGUUUGGUCUUAGUUUCCAUUUUAGGUUUAAUUAUUUUCAAAAAAUUUAAAUAUCAAAUGAAAAUAUAUAUGGCAUCUAAAAUCGAAAGAAACAAAAAAGACAUUAGUUUAAACUAA